AUGACGGACCAGGAAGUGGACUUUAGGGUGGACCACAUUAACCCAGAGAUGACGGACCAGGAAGUGGACUUUAGGGUGGACCACAUUAACCCAGAGAUGACAAACCAGGAAGUGGACUUUAGGGUGGACCACAUUAACCCAGAGAUGACGGAGCAGGAAGUGGACUUUAGGGUGGACCACAUUAACCCAGAGAUGACAAACCAGGAAGUGGACUUUAGGGUGGACCACAUUAACCCAGAGAUGACGGACCAGAAGCUCCACAGGUCACAGUCCAAACAUAUUUACUCUUCUUUAACGUAG